UGGUUCCCCUUAACUGUCUCGUUUUUUCUACAUAUAUACAUUGUACGAUUUCAUAGCUUCACCAUUUUCUUUUCUUCUUCAAGGUAGGAGACUCACUCACACCCAAAUCUCUCUCUCUCUCUCUCUCUCUAUCUCAUUCAUCACCAUUUUGUAAGCCUGACAUGGCUUCGUAUACACCGAAGAAUAUCCUCAUUACUGGGGCAGCUGGAUUUAUUGCAUCUCAUGUUGCCAACCGGCUUGUCCGAAGUCAUCCCGAGUACAAAAUUGUUGUGCUUGAUAAACUAGAUUAUUGUUCUAAUUUAAAGAAUCUCCUUCCUUCGAAAGCAUCUCCCAACUUUAAGUUUGUCAAGGGGGAUAUCGGUAGUGCUGAUCUUGUCAACUACUUGCUUAUUACCGAGUCGAUUGACACGAUAAUGCACUUUGCUGCUCAAACUCAUGUCGACAACUCAUUUGGUAAUAGCUUUGAGUUUACCAAGAACAACAUAUACGGAACUCAUGUCUUAUUAGAAGCCUGCAAGGUUACUGGCCAGAUCAGAAGGUUCAUUCAUGUCAGUACCGAUGAGGUCUAUGGGGAGACCGAUGAAGAUGCUGUUGUUGGAAACCAUGAGGCUUCUCAACUUCUUCCCACAAACCCGUACUCUGCAACAAAAGCAGGAGCGGAAAUGCUUGUCAUGGCAUAUGGUAGGUCAUACGGAUUACCUGUUAUCACAACACGUGGAAACAAUGUUUAUGGGCCAAAUCAGUUUCCCGAGAAGUUGAUUCCAAAGUUCAUCCUUCUGGCUAUGCAAGGAAAGACUCUUCCGAUUCAUGGGGAUGGUUCUAAUGUGAGGAGUUAUUUGUAUUGUGAAGAUGUUGCUGAGGCAUUUGAAGUUGUUCUUCACAAGGGAGAGGUUGGCCAUGUUUACAAUAUCGGGACAAAGAAGGAAAGGGGAGUUAUUGACGUAGCCAAGGAUAUAUGCAGACUUUUCUCGAUUGAUCCAGAAGCUAACAUUAAAUUUGUUGAGAACAGGCCGUUUAAUGACCAGAGAUAUUUUCUCGAUGAUCAGAAGCUGAAAAACCUCGGUUGGGCAGAGAGGACCACAUGGGAUGAAGGACUGAAGAAAACCAUAGAAUGGUAUACCAAAAAUCCUGAUUGGUGGGGGGAUGUCAGUGGUGCAUUGCUUCCUCAUCCGAGGAUGUUGAUGAUGCCUGGUGGAAUGGAGAGACAUUUUGAAGGAUCCGAAGGCGAAAAUCCCGCAUCAGUCAAUUCAUCUAAUACUCGUAUGGUGGUCCCAUCAACCAAGAACACUGCCACUCCGCAGAAACAUCCUUUCAAGUUCUUGCUGUUUGGUAGGACAGGGUGGAUUGGAGGUUUGCUGGGGAAAUUGUGUGAAAAGCAAGGAAUUCCAUAUGAAUAUGCAAAGGGUCGUCUAGAAGAUCGUGCAUCGCUCAUUUCUGAUAUUCAGAAUGUGAAGCCAACCCAUGUUUUUAAUGCUGCAGGUGUCACCGGAAGACCCAAUGUUGAUUGGUGCGAAACUCAUAAAACAGAAACCAUCCGCGCUAAUGUUGCUGGCACUUUAACAUUGGCUGAUGUGUGCAGAGAGCACGGGAUCUUGAUGAUAAAUUAUGCUACUGGCUGCAUAUUUGAGUACGAUGCAGCACAUCCAGAAGGCUCCGGCAUUGGUUUUAAGGAGGAAGACAAGCCCAAUUUCAUGGGAUCUUUCUAUUCCAAAACAAAAGCUAUGGUUGAGGAACUCUUGAGAGAAUAUGACAAUGUAUGCACCCUUAGGGUUCGUAUGCCGAUUUCAUCUGAUCUGAGCAACCCACGCAAUUUCAUCACAAAGAUUUCUCGUUAUAACAAAGUUGUCAACAUUCCAAACAGCAUGACAGUAUUGGAUGAACUUCUACCUAUUUCAAUCGAGAUGGCAAAGAGAAACUUGAGUGGAAUCUGGAACUUCACUAACCCUGGUGCUGUGAGCCACAAUGAGAUCCUUGAGAUGUAUAGGGAUUACAUUGACCCCAGUUUCAAGUGGCAGAAUUUCACGCUUGAAGAGCAAGCCAAGGUGAUUGUCGCUGCUCGAAGCAACAAUGAGAUGGAUGGUGCCAAAUUAAAGAAAGAAUUCCCAGAAUUGCUUUCCAUCAAAGAAUCACUUAUCAAGUAUGUCUUCGUGCCAAACAAGAAGAAAUAAGCAGAUUUGUGUUUUAGAUAUGGAGGUAAAUGUGUUCGAGCUACAUAGAUAACACAUCAUCCACUGUUAUUUCCACUCAGUUACUGUGUAGAGUGUGGCUAGUAUUACAAUUGCAUAAUUAUUAGGUAAUUUUCCAUAAUUAUUAAUUUCAAUUUCUUAGUGUUGUCUGGUACUUGCAGCCUAAGAUAGAUGUCUUGUUAUGAAAGCUUGUGAUGAGCAACCUUUUUUUUCAUCUUUGUAAGGCUUGUAUUCUUUUAUUGCUCAUCUAGAAUGAAAAAUUGAAAUAAGAGAUGUUUUAUAAUUUGACGUUAUUAUUGAGAUGUACUUCUGUAAUACAUCAUAGUGAAGAUCUUGUAAUAAGAGAAAUUAUUUAUCAUUUUCUUAAACUAAAAGAAAUGUUAAUUUCA